AUGGGUCACCGUAAGUUCGAGGCUCCCCGUCACGGCCACCUGGGAUUUCUGCCCAAGAAGCGCACCAAGCACCACCGCGGCCGCGUUCGCAAGUUCCCUCGCGAUGACGCGUCCAAGGCGCCGCACCUUACGGCCUUCAUGGGCUUCAAGGCCGGCAUGACGCACAUCGUGCGUGAGGUUGACCGCCCGGGCUCGAAGGUCCACAAGAAGGAGAUUGUUGAGCCCGUGUCGAUCGUGGAGACCCCCCCCAUGGUUGUCAUCGGUGUCGUUGGCUACCUGGAAACCCCGCGCGGCCUGCGCACCCUCACCACGGUGUUCGCUGAGCACUUGAGUGAGGAGGUGAAGCGUCGCUUCUACAAGAACUGGUACAAGUCGAAGCGCAAAGCUUUCACCAAGUACGCCAAGAAGUACCAGACGGCACCCGCCGACAUUGAGAACGAGCUUAACCGCAUCAAGAAGUACUGCCAGGUUGUGCGUGUGCUCGCCCACACGCAGGUCCGCAAGGUGAAGCUCCGCCAGAAGAAGGCCCACCUUCUUGAGGUGCAGGUCAACGGUGGAUCGGUGGCUGACAAGGUGGACUUUGCCAAGUCGCUUUUCGAGAAGCAGGUGCCCGUUACGGCCGUGUUCGCCAAGGACGAGAUGAUUGAUGUCAUUGGCGUCACCAAGGGUCACGGUGUUGAGGGUGUCAUCACCCGUUGGGGUGUCACUCGUCUCCCGCGUAAGACUCACCGUGGUCUGCGUAAGGUCGCUUGUAUCGGUGCCUGGCACCCGUCGCGCGUUCGCUUCACGGUGCCGCGCGCUGGUCAGCACGGUUACCACCACCGUACGGAGAUCAACAAGAAGAUUUACCGUGUUGGUGCCGCUGGCGACAAGAAGUCGUGCAUGACGGAGCAGGACCUGACGGAGAAGGACAUCACCCCUCUGGGUGGCUUCCCGCACUACGGUGUGAUCAACGAGGACUGGCUGAUGAUCAAGGGCGCCAUUGUCGGCACCAAGAAGCGUGCUUUGACUUUGCGCAAGUCGCUUCUUGUGCACACGAAGCGUUCGGCCCUCGAGGAGAUCAACCUCAAAUUCAUCGAUACCUCGUCCAAGUUCGGUCACGGUCGCUUCCAGACCGCCGAGGAAAAGGCCAAGUGGAUGGGCCCUCUCGCUCGUCAGAACCGCGCUUAAGUCUUUUAGAAGGCUUUUGUGCAGCUUUGCUAAGUGGUAGGUGUCCUCUUUUUGGCACUUGUUGAGUUAGCGUGCUUCUCUCGGACCUGUUAGGGAAUACCAUAAGCAAACAAUGAUACUGCUGCAAACUCUUAAACAAU